GCGGGGGCGGGACGGGAGGGGACGCAGCCUCCCCCGGGCACUGCCCCGGGGCUGCGGUCUAGCGGUGGGAUCAUGCCGUACCUCCUCAUCAGCACACAGAUCCGCAUGGAGGUUGGCCCCACCAUGGUGGGAGAUGAGCACUCGGAUCCCAACCUGAUGCAGUUCCUGGGGGCCAGAAAGAGGAACAUGCUCGGGAACCACUUCAUGAAAGUCGGGAUAGUCUUUGUUAGGAUGCCCAACCGAGAUCAUCAACGAUCCCGCAGCCCAUCAUUAUCAGCUUAUCAGGCACGCUGGGAGUACUACGUGAACGAUGCACCACGGAUAGUCCUGAACAAGCUGGAGAGCUGUGGUUACCGGGUGGUGAGCAUGACGGGUGUGGGCCAGACGCUGGUGUGGUGCCUCCACAAGGAAUAGCAAAGAAGACUUCUGCAUUCCACCUCAGCAAGGCCCUGCUGGGGAUCAUCUCACACCAGACUGACAGCAAACUUUUCCCCUUGAGUAAUUCUUUUCUGUCCCAGACUCCAGGCACUCAGGCGUCAGGGGAGGAGCAGUGCAGAAGCAAGGCUUCGCCUAAUGGAAACUCAGCAUCCCUGCCAUUUCCUAAGACCUGGGGGGAGGAAGGUAUGCCCAGUCCAGAUUAUAUCAUGCACAUAAAACAGACGGCUCUAACUCCACAUUCAUCUGAAUGCAGUCUGGCAAAUACCAUCUUUCUGCAUUUUAAUAAUCUAUUUAGCGUGCACUGGAAGGAGCUCAAAUCACAGCCUUGCCUGUCUGUUCCUCAGGGCUGUCUCAGGGGGUAUGUGCUGAACUGUGAGUUCAAACAAGCCUCCUUCCAGAUUUUGGGGGGCAAGUAUGGGAGGUCAAGAGUGGUAGGUGCACUAUCUCAUCCCCAAAAUGAAAGUAAAAACUGCUUAAUCUACAUAGUGCUCUUUGAGAAUCUCUUCAUGCAGCAGGAAGGCCAGCUUCCCUCCCAAACAGAGCCAUGGUUUGAAAGCCUGAUGUUGCUGUCUCAAGUUCCAUUCAAACAUAACACAUUGGUUCCCAAAGUAGCCCUAGAUCAGCGCAAACAGGUCUUGAAAACAUUUCAAUUAUGGGCUACGUAAAGUUAACAGCAGCAGUUGCAAUGCUGCAUUGGACCGUGUAUUGAUCCUGACGUAGAGGUAACACCAAUAAAACAUUUCACUAGAGAGA